AUGGAGAAAUCGGCAGAGAUUCGAACUUCGAGCGAUGAGCCUGCGAGAGAAGUUAUCGCGUCAACCUCAACAAGUGAAACUCCCUACGCGGGACCAGCACUUCCCAGAUGGAGAUUUACAUGUCUCUGUAUUGGUCUCUCAAUAAGCCUCUUCAUGUCCCUCCUCGACACCACAAUCAUCGCCACAGCUCUCUUCACCAUCGGCAAAGACCUCCGCGCAACUUCCUCCGUAAACUGGGUAGCUCUCUCCUACACACUCAGCUACCUAGGAUGCGCUGUAAUCUUUGCACGUAUUUCAGAUAUCAUAGGUCGACGCAAUGCCUACAUGUCUGCGGUCCUCAUCUUCCUCGCAUUCUCGCUUGGCUGUGGGUUUGCGAAGACGAUUGAUCAACUGAUUGCGUUAAGAGUACUUCAGGGCGUUGGGGGCUCAGGAUUGUAUUCUUUGACUUUUGUGAUGUUGCCUGAGAUCACGCCGUUUAAUUUGACGCAUAUCAUCAGUAGUAUUGCUGGUAUGGUGGUUGCGAUGGCGGGUAUCUUGGGACCGCUUGUAGGAGGACUGAUUACGGACGCACCACUUGGGGUAGUCUCAGUAGCUCUGUUCCUUCUCGCCUGGCCUGGAACAGACACAACAUACAUGCGUCACGCCCAACGGCGUUCUUGGAAACAACUCGAUAUUCUCGGCGCCAUCCUAAUCAUAGCCGCCUCCGUCCUCGUCGUCUUUGCCUUCCAAGAAGCUGGUCUGCACCCUUCGAACUGGAAAUCCGCUCUCUUCAUCGCGCCCCUCCUGCUCGGGCUACUCUGCUACGUCCUUCUCUACGGCUGGGAGGUGCUAGUAUCCAAACGUUGGGAAGAGCGCUUUGCAACUAUGUUCCCCUUACGACUGAUCCACCGGCGCGUAUAUAUGGGCUACGUCCUCGUCACUCUCAUCGCUGGAUUCCCGUAUUUUAUGAUCAUAUACAGUUUACCAACACGCAUCCAGGUCGUGAAUGGGAAAUCUCAACUCAUCGCCGGACUUUCGCUGUUACCGAUGGUCGGUACCGUCGCAAUCGCAAGCACAGUAGCUGGAGUCAUAAACACCAAACGCAAUCUCAUUUUCCCCAUCCUACUUGCUUCUGCAAUCUUCUCUACCAUUGGCGCCGCCACACUAUCUACCCUUGAAAACGUCGAGAAUGUAGAAGCGAAGAUAUACGGUUUCCAAGUCUUUAUCGGGCUGGGCUUCGGACUCAUGGUCUCCACCACUUCCAUAGGCGGGAUGCUAGAAUGUCAAUUCCGGGAUAACACCGUCGCACAGGGCAUAAUAGCCCAAGUCCGUGUCCUCGGCGGCAGCAUCGGUAUCGCCGCCUCAACCGCCAUCCUCGGCGUCAACGAACACAGAUCACUCUCUAACAUGGUUACAUCCCAACAGCUUGCCACACUUCAGGACUCGCUGCCGCAUAUGACACCGGAACAAGUGCAUGCGGUGAAACAGGCCUACUCGGAUGCCUUUGCGGAAAGUAUGAAAGUGUGUGCUGCGUUGGGUGGAAUGGGGGUGCUAGCGAGUUUGGUUUGCUGGAGGAGGAAUCCGGUGGAGUUUAAUGUUAGGAGGAAGGAGCAGAUUGAGGAGGAUAGGGUGAGGAGGGAGGGGGAGAGUGGGGAUAGGGGUUGUGAAUGGGAAUGGUGCGGUGAAGGAGGGGCAGGUCGUGAAGAAAGUUUAAAUUUGUUUUGUGAUACCCAUUUUAUUGUUUUUAAAAAGUAG